CACUCUGGUGGUUAGCUGAAACGCCGCCGCCGCACUAAAACGCCAGACGUUUCAAUACUAAAAAGCUGUUGUCAAUCGAAUGUGGCUGUGGAAGAGAGAAAAUUCCCCUCCGCCUCUUUUGCCUCCUCAUUUCAGACGAAUCCCUAGAUUUUUGCUUCGUCGAUCGAGAGCUCGAGCGACUUCCCUUGAAUCGAAAUUGCCGAGGGCGCGCGGUGUCGCAAUUCGAGUGAAAGGUUUAAUGAAGCAAAUCAUCGUUCUGGAAUCUCUCAACGCUUUAAGCUACAAUGAAGGAGACAGCGGAGAAUCUACCAUCGGAUCAGAGGCGCGAGACAUGCAACGCGAGAAGGCGAUCCAUCGGAAUUGAUUGCAGAGUUUCUCGGAGGUACGAAGCGUCUGGAUUAACUUUGCAUUAACUUGCGCUAUUAAUUCUAAGUUCCCGUUUGAUGAUUCAUCUGAUCGAGUUUUUAGCUUUCAAUUUCUUACCUUGUUCCUAGAAACAACUCAUCGACGACUCAACUCAUAAACUCAUAUGUAUCCAAUUCUUUACCCCAAUUAUCUACCCUAGUCUUUACCCUAUAUAUAUCCCUCUUCUUUUAUAACGAAGGACCUCACAACCUAGAUAGAAGCCCUCCCCCUCAGGCAAACAAAAAACCACAGAUGAAAAGCUUAAGUCUGAUUGCACAAAGUAAUUAAUUUUCUCUCGGUUCCUUUCCUUUUCAUGUAUUAGUUGUGUUUAAAUUGUCCCCGUAACAAUGUGAAUGUUGUUUCUUCUAGAUGGGAAGGCCAAAAAAGGCUGGAAAGACAAAGCCUUCCAAAAGGCCAGUGGAGGAACAAGAAAGGUCAGCCCCUGUAGACAAUGUCGAAGUGGUUACUCAGGAAAGUGAAACUGUACCAGAAACUCAGCAGGAAGAAAGGGAGGGUGAACAACAAGUGAAUGAGCUAGAGAAUGAAGAAGUUCAUCCCCCGAAUGAUGACAUAGAUUUUGAAGAGGAUGCGAACCUAAGCCAGGGGUCUCAUUCUGCUGGGGGAUGUUCUUCGGCUCAGAAGAAGAAAGGCAGAGGUCCUGGAAUAGGGGUGAAGCCGGACCAUGGCAUUCACCUUGAGAUACAUGACAACAGGAUUGUCACACCACAUGCUGCCCAUGAACUCACUGCCAUCUUCAAAAGGAGCAUCACUGGACCAUGGAUAAGGUUCUCAGAGUACCCGGCUUCUGCUUUGCAGACCGUGAUUGCUCGUUUCAAGGAAUCUGGGUUCACGUGCUCUCUGCCAGAGGAAGAACUCAAUGUUCGUCUAAAGGAACAUAUCAAGAGGAACUUUUCCCAGUGGAUGUAUGGGUUCCGUAACCGAGUAUUCUCUGAACAUGCUACCCUUGCUGAAAGGCUUAACAAUCCACCUACUGAAAUCCCUGCUCAUAUUUGGAGGGAUAUGGUUAACAAGUGGAGUGACCCAAACUGGAAGAGCACCAGUGAUAAGAAUAAAGCCAAUCGUGAGAAGUCUGAGCUCACUGCUACUGGCGGAUCUAUUCCCAUGGCAAAGUUUAGGCUUGAUCAGAUCAAGAAGAUGGAAAAGGAACCAGAUCCUAUAGAGACAUUCAGGAAGUUCCAUGUUAAGAAGGCCAAUGGUGAAUUCACCACCCCAAAAGCUCAGACCAUACAUGCUGAAUUUAAGAAUAAGGAAGCUGAGAAGUUGAGUCAAGGGGAAGAGGUGAACCAGUUUGCGAUUUAUGGUGAGGUUGUAGGAAAACUGUCUAGGAAACGUGUGAUGGGAAUGAGUUAUGGGGUAAGUGGUGUGGAUGCGUUUGGCUCUACCUCUGGUCAGGGAUGCAGCAAAAGCUGCGAAGAGGACCGAAGGCAAGAGAAGGUGAAGAAUGAUGAGAUGAUAAGCAUGCUGAAAGAAGAGCUAGUGCAGGUGAAGAAUGGAAUUCCUCUGAUUGUCGAGGACACCUUGAAGAGGCUAGGAGUUACUUUGGCAGAGUCCUCAAUGGCUGGAGACAAGGGGGUGAAUGAUGAAGAUGGAGACGAGGAAGUGAAUGAUGAAGAUGCGGACGGUAUUGAUGAUGAGAAUAGCUCCCCCUGGUGAUGAUGAUUACUAUGUUUGCAGCGCUAGGAAGAAGGCAACAGUAGGAACUUUGCAAGUUUCAAUUUUCAAUCGGAAGUUUGUAGCUAGGAAGAAGGCAGUCGUAGGAACUUUGCAAGUUCCAUUUUUCAGUUGGAUUAUGUUUAUGUUAUGUUUUGUUAUAUGUUUGAACAAGUGUUGAAAGUGGUUUCUAUGUGCGUUUAAGACAAUUUUGGUGGUUAGGCCACCUAAUUUUAUGGAGAAGUUUCAUUUUUUGCUAAUAUAUUGCAUUCAAUAAU